UUCUUCUCCAUCUCUCUUAUCUUUUUUAUUAUAUGCAAAUUUCACAAUAUCUUUCUCUCUCUUUCGCUCUCUCUUUCACAUAUAUAUUCUCACAGUUUCUUCGCUGUUAAGGACGGACCCAAACAAAAAAAGCCACAACCGCCGACCGGCUUCCCGACCCGAAUCCGCCGCAUCCGACCCGAAUCCAAACACUUUUCUCUCUCAUUCCCUUGUAUUAGCAACCAAUCGCCAUGCUCUCUCUCAAUCUGGUUCUUGAGGUUUCGUGGAAUCGCUCUCUGCAUUGAUAUACAUUCUCGACAGGGAAGUUGGGGAUUUAGGGUUUUCAAUUUGUAAAUUCUUAUAAAUUUCAAUUUCUAGGGUUUGUUGUUGUUAAUUUGUUUGGUUUGAAAAAUUUCAAGCACGACGGGGAAGAAGAUAGGUGUGGGUUAAGAGGAUAAUGUGUAUACUGUGUGUGAUCCAGAAGUGGUCUCGCAAGGUUGCUACCAUGCUACCUUGGUUAGUUAUUCCUCUUAUUGGAUUAUGGGCUCUUUCACAGCUUUUACCACCUGCUUUUCGUUUUGAGAUCACCCAGCCAAGACUCGCUUGUGUUUUUGUUCUUUUGGUUACUCUCUUUUGGUAUGAGAUUUUGAUGCCUCAGUUGUCUGCCUGGCGUGUGCGUAGAAAUGCCCGUUUGAGGGAAAGAAAAAGAUUUGAAGCCAUUGAAUUGCAGAAGCUGAGAAAGACUGCUACGAGAAGGUGUAGAAAUUGUUUGACUCCUUAUAGAGAUCAGAACCCCGGUGGUGGUAGAUUUAUGUGUUCUUAUUGUGGUCAUAUUUCUAAAAGGCCAGUUUUAGACUUGCCUGUGCCUCCUGGAUUGGGGAUGUCAAAUUCUGGGAUUAUUAAGGAUCUUGUUGGAAAAGGUGGAACGAUAUUGAAUGGUAAGGCAUGGUCUGAUAAUGGAUGGAUGUGUAAUCAGGACUGGUUAGAAAAUGGGAAUUGGGCUGGUGGGUCUAUUGCAGGGAAGUCUAAUUACUGGCGGAAGCAUGGGAGUGGGAUUUUUGGUGGUGAGGAAAAUUGUUUGGCUGAGAAAUCUUAUUCUGGUGUUGCGAUUUUCGCUUGCAAGUUGUUGACUUCUUUUUUCUUGAGCAUUAGGUGGAUUUGGAGAAAGAUUUUUAGGAUUAGCUCAUCUAAGGAAGAUGAUUCUUCUGAUGCAGAUCAUAGAGGGAUGUUGACUAAGAGGGGUGAGAAUGGGGGAAAUUAUCAUGAGAGCAAGGGAGAUAAAGCUCGUCGUAAAGCUGAAGAGAAAAGACAAGCUAGGUUAGAGAAGGAGCUUUUGGAGGAGGAGGAAAGAAAGCAAAGGGAGGAAGUUGCAAGAUUGGUAGAGGAACGUAGGAGGCUGAGGGAUGAGAAAUUGGAGGCCGAAAAAGAUCAAAGCAAAUCUUCACCAUCCACUACCCAAGAGAAGGAUAGUAAGAAGGAAGCGGAAAAGAAGCGUCAGGAAAGGAGAAAGGAAAAAGACAAGGGGUCUAGUAAGAGUAACUCUGAUGCUGAAGAGUUGGAAAAGAAAUCUAGUAAGGAUAGUGAGCGAAAGCGUGACUUUGAUAAGAAGGGUGAGACUGACCGUCGAGAACAUCAGAAAUCUGGGACAGAAUGUGUGAAAGUUCAGACCUCUGAAUCAGGGCAUGGGAUAAAACAUCCAUCUGCAAGCAAUUAUAGCCGUGGAAAUGCUGGAAGUAGGUAUCUGGAUAGAAUGAGGGGUACAAUUUUGUCUUCUUCUAGAGCUUUCACUGGAAGUGGUUUUUUUGGAAGGACAGCUAAUAGUCCUUCUUAUGUAACAAAAGAGAAUAAGUUCGGCAGUUCUGUCGAUAAUGGCCAUACUUCUGCUCAUAGGAGGGAUAUAUGUCCACCCGAACGUGCAGUUGGGAAAUCUAGUGUGAAUGGAGACGAGAAGAAUGUAAACCAUUCUGUACUCUCGGAACCACAUUCAAGGCCGGCACCUAAGAAGUCUUGGCAACAGUUAUUUACACGUACAUCAUCAGCUCCUUCCUCAAACACAAAUGUCAUUAGUAGGCCAAAUUCAAAGCCCCAAGCAGAAGUUCAAAGCCCGCAGUUACAUGGGCAAUCAUCAUCAUUACAAUCAUUCGAUAACCCUAUCAGUUUUGGGCUGCCGUCGCCAUUUACUAUUCCUACAUAUCCAAGUGUAUCUAGUAGCAGUAGUUUAGGCUUUUCACCUCCCAUUGAAGGCAUUUUCCCUCGUGGUGUUGAUGGACCCCAUGAAAUCAUACCUGAGGAACCAGAGCUGUUCGAAGAUCCAUGUUACGUUCCUGAUCCAAUUUCAUUGCUUGGGCCUGUUUCAGAGUCACUUGCAGAUUUUCAGUUUGACCUGGGGACUGGAUUUACGUCAGACAUUGGAUUGGAAAGGCCUCAUGCUUUGAAAAAUCUGUCCACAUCUCCUGAAGUGAGCAAGCCAUCUCCAAUUGAGUCUCCAUUGUCACGACUACGAGUAGCUGAUGAAAAGCAUAAUGGCUCUAAUUGGUUCCCAACUACUCCUAAGGCUCAAGACUCGCACAAUUUGCCAAUGGAUGAUGUGCAUGUGCAUGCGAAUGAGAAGGGUACAUGGCAAAUGUGGAACAGUCCUCUUGGUCAGGAUGGUUUAGGCUUGGUAGGUGGUCCAGGAAGCUGGCUUUUACCUCCAGAACGGACUAGAUUAAUCAAUGAUGAUUUCUUGCAGCCUUCACCUCAAAAAACUAUGGCUUCACUUUUUGCAAAAGAUGACCAAGUGCUUUCUGGUACUCAUUCACCACAGAAGGUUUUUCUCGGCAAUGGCCACAGUGGUGGGGGAUUUAGUCCAGUCACUGGUUCAAGUGAUAAUGAUCCAUGGUUACAGAAUGCUUUUUUUCCACCAUUGUCGGGCAGUGAGAGCCAUUUUUCUCAGAAACCUCAGGAGGAGAGUACUCGGAAUGAAUUGAUUUAUGGAAGUCCCACUGGAGCUGCAAACAACCAUACUUUCGAGAUGUCUCCAGCUAAUUGUUGGGUCAACAGGAAGGACUGGAAUGUUCAAGAUUCAGGAGAAGGUAUUGGGAAGUCAUCUUUCACAAGACCUAAUACUGGGGGUGGGUACCCAACCCAAGAUGUACAGUCGUUUUGGUCGUUUGAUUAGAGAGAAAAAGAAAGAAAAAAUGAAAAAUGAAAAACAGGAGUAACAGUAUGAGGGACCUAAGUACACCUCCUGUUCAGAAGUGGCUAACUUGCCUCUUUUGUAGGAGAGUCUAGAAUACUGGAUGGAAUUGUAUCUUCCUCUUCUUUGUAAGGGAGAUUAAUUUUACUUACGUUAGCAUGGAUAGGAAUACACAUGGCAUGCAUUCACUUGUGCAUCAGGUAACAGGUAGGUGUCCUACAAUUCUAAAAUUUAACUUCUCGUUGUGCCUGGGGGAGGGGGGGGUGUCCCCUUUUUUUGAGGAAAAUUUGUUCUACUGAGAAUGGAGCUAUUCUGAUCCUUAAUUGCUCUCUCUUCAACUGAGUGGAUGUUUAAAGAAAUGAUAUACUAGCGCAAGAUGCUUCUAUCUGUUUAUAAAAUCACAAUUCCCGAGUUUUUUCA